AUGGCCGACAACGGUGGCAAGGGCGGGAAGAAGAAGAAGGGCGGCGCCAAGGGCAAGGCAGUGAAGCCGCUGGCGGAGACUCCGGCAUACGUGGACAAGCGGAUUGAGCUGUUUGAGGCAGCCAAGGCACGGCAGGACGAGUGGCGGGCUGGCCUGCCCGACGUGGAGAUCGAGGUCAAGAUGCCCGACGGUGCCGUCUUUAGCAAGUUCCCUGUUCUCUGCCACAAGACCACGCCGAUGGAGAUUGUCAAGGCCAUCUCAUCGAGCCUGGCCAAGCAAGUGGUGGUGGCGUCGGCCGACGGUGCGCCGUGGGACCUGCACCGCCCGCUGGAGGGCCCGGUCGAGUGCCUCAAGUUCCACAAGUUUGACUCGGAGGAGGGCAAGCACGCGUUCUGGCACUCGUCGGCGCACGUGCUCGGGCAGGCGCUUGAGAUGAUCUUUGGCGGCGCGCUGGGCAUCGGACCUGCGCUUGAGCAGGGCUUUUACUAUGACAUGGCGCUCGGAGCCGACGGCGACGUCGGAGCCGAGGCCGAGGCCGACGGCGCAUCCAGCAGCGAGCCGGAGCUCAAGGUGGCAGCCAAGACUGUGGCCGACGCCGACUUUCCGGUCAUCGAGGCCAAGGUCAAGGCCAUCACCAAGGCGAACCAGCCGUUUGAGCGUGUGCGGAUGGAGAAGGACGAGGCCGUGGCCAUGUUUGGCUACAACAAGUACAAGCAGGAGAUCAUCAACCAGGACAUUCCGGAGGGUGCCCCCAUCACCGUCUACCGCUGCGGUCCGCUUGUCGACCUCUGCCGCGGCCCGCACCUCCCGUCUACCGGUCUCAUCAAGGCCUUUGCCCUCACCCUCACCUCGUCGGCGUACUGGAAGGGCAAGGCCGAGAACGACCGUAUGUCGCGGGUCUACGGCAUCUCCUUCCCCAAGGCCAAACAGCUGAAGGAGCACCUCGCUCUGGUGGAAAAGGCCAAGAAGAACGACCACCGGCGGCUCGGCCUCGACCAGCAGCUGUUCUUCUUUGACCAGCUCUCGCCGGGCUCGUGCUUCUUUGAGCCGUACGGCGCGCGCAUGUACAACGCGCUCGUCGACUUUAUCAAGGAGCAGUACUGGAAGCGUGGGUACGAGGAGGUCAUCACCCCCAACGUGUACAACCACAAGCUGUGGCAGACCUCGGGCCACUGGCAGAACUACGCCGAGAACAUGUUCCAGUUUGAGUGCGAGCACGACAUCUAUGCGCUCAAGCCCAUGAACUGCCCAGGCCACUGCCUCGUGUUCAAGCACCGGACCCGCUCGUGGCGCGACCUCCCGCUCCGCCUCGCCGACUUUGGCGUCCUCCACCGCAACGAGCUCUCCGGCGCACUUUCGGGCCUCACCCGCGUCCGCCGGUUCCAGCAGGACGACGCCCACAUCUUCUGCAUGUCGUCGCAGGUCCAGGACGAGGUCGCUGGCGUUCUCGACAUGCUCCGCGAGGUCUACGGCGUCUUUGGCUUCACCUUUGAGCUCCGCCUCUCCACCCGCCCCGAGAAGUUCAUGGGCGAGAUCGCCGAUUGGGACGUGGCCGAGGCCCAGCUCCGCGAGGCGCUCGACCGCUUCGGCGAGCCGUGGACCAUCAACGAGGGCGACGGCGCGUUCUACGGGCCCAAGAUCGACAUCACCGUCAUGGACGCCCUCCGCCGCAAGCAUCAGUGUGCCACCUGCCAGCUUGACUUCCAGCUGCCCAAGAACUUUGACCUCGAGUUUUCGAGCGAGAACGGCCAUGAGCGCCCGGUCAUGAUCCACCGCGCCAUCCUCGGCUCAGUCGAGCGCAUGAUCGCCAUCCUCACCGAGUCGUAUGGCGGCCUUUGGCCGUUCUGGCUCGCCCCUCGUCAGGUCGCCAUCGUCCCCAUCGCCGCAGAGUACAACGACUAUGCCGAGUCCGUCCGUGCCCGCCUCCACGCCGAGCACUUCCACGUCGAGGUCGACACCUCCACCAAGACCCUCAACCAGAAGGUUGCCAUUGCCGACGUCGCCCACGUCAACUACAUCCUCAUCGUCGGCGGCCAGGAGGCCGAGAACGGCACCGUCAACCUCCGCGCCCGUGGCGAGGUCGAAGGCGAGGGCAAGAAGCGCCGCAUCAAGCGCCGCGAGGUCUCCGUCGACGACCUCAUCACCGAGCUCGUUGCCCUUCGCGCCGCCCGCUCCGACGAUCUUGCUGCCCUUCGCGAGUAAGCACGGUUUUUGGCUAAAGAAUCACUUUAUCGCGCAUUCGCGGUGGAGCUUCAUGUGCUUCGCUACAUGACGACGGCCAGGCAUAGGACAGAGAGG